CUUGGAACUUACUACUCGACAACCUUGUAACAGUGGAUAUAUGGCACCAGAAUACGCAAUUGACGGGAAAUUCUCAGUGAAAUCAGACGUUUUUAGCAUGGGGGUCGUCAUUUUAGAGAUAGUGAGUGGGAAAAAGAACAGGGGGUUUAGACAUCAAGAUCACCAUCAUAGCCUUUUGGGACAUGCAUGGUGCAUGUGGAAAGAGAACAAGGCUAUGGAGCUGAUGGAUGAGUGUUUGAACGAAUCGUUUGACGAGUUACAAGUAAGGAGAUGUAUAAAAGUGGGGUUAUUGUGUAUUCAAAAACUCGUGGAGGAUAGGCCGACGAUGUCACAUGUGAUUCUCAUGUUAGGAUGUGAAGGAGAAGUUGUGCCUGAACCAAAGGAACCUGGUUUUUUCCUGGAAAGAAGUUGCAGCACUAGUAAUCUUUCUACAACACCAAAUCAAGAUUCUAGUGGACACACCAUCACAAUAACUGUAUUGGAGGGGAGAUAGUCGAUAU